AUGUCAGAUUUCGACUGCGGCAUGUGCGGCUCCCGGCAACAAGCCUCUACGACCGAAGGCUACGAGUGCACGUUCUGCCACGCGGGUAAGUUCCACAAGGAAUGUGCCGAAUCUCCGUUAGAGCUCCGUCAUCACCCUUAUCAUCCUCCUCACUCUCUCGCCCUCCGUCCCCUUCCCCAAGAUCACGGUCUUCACGAGACAUGCAGUUGCUGCGGAGACAAUCUUGAAAUAGGAUGUGUCUAUCGCUGUACUGCCUGCAGAUUCGUCAUGCAUUUUAUUUGCGCAAUGAAGCCGCCGGUUCUUGAGGUGGCUCAGCCCAAGAGCCAUGGCCACAAGCUCUUCCUCCUCCCUAAACCACGCCCCUUCAUCUGUGAUGCUUGCGGUUCACUCUUCGAUGGCCCCUCUCUUCCUUGGGGUUGUCUCGAAUGCGGGGUCAUGAUCCAUAGAAAAUGUAUCGACUUACCACGUGUCAUCAGGAUCUCCCGACAUCCACAACAUCGUCUCAGUUACGUUUUCUCUCCUCCUCCUCUUCCACCUCAUGUAUCAUCAUCAUGGUCAUGUGGAGUUUGUCGGAAAACGGUCGACAACAGUUACGGUAUGUAUUCUUGCAUCAAAGAUGACUGUCAUUAUGUGGUCCACCCAAAGUGUGCAACAAGACAUGAUGUGUGGGACGGAGAAGACCUUUACGGACAGCCGGAAGAGCCCGAAGAUAUAAAGGAGCCAUUCGAGGUUAUAGAUGACAAAAUCAUACGCCAUUUCAGCCACGAGCAUCAUCUUAAACUGAACGAUGAUGACGACGACACAAGUUUUGAUGGAAGCCACCACUGCCAAGCGUGCGCUCUUCCUAUUCGUUUCCAUUCUGGCAACAUCUACAGCUGCAUAGGUUGCGAUUGUGAUUUCGUUAUUCACGAAAAAUGUGCCAAUCUACCGCGGAAGUUAUGGUACAUGCUACAUCCCCACCGUCUGAAACUGAUGGCAUGCGGGAGUGAUAUGAACGAAUGUAGCGUUUGUUUCCGGGGAUUUUGUGGGUUCAUAUAUGCUUGCUGCAAAGCGGAUUGCCGUUUCACAGUAGACGUGGAUUGUGCUUCAGUGUCUGAGCCGUAUAUCCAUAUAACUCAUCCUCACCCUCUGUUCUCCACAACGGUUUGGAUGAACGGCAAGGCAUGUUCGGGGUGCAAAACAAAUGACGACUAUGACAAGAUGAUGCAGUGCAUCGAAUGCGACUUUGUCUUGUGUUUCAAAUGCAUCAGUUUACCGCCGAGGGUAAGGUAUAACCAAGAUCGGCAUCCUCUGGUUCUCGGAGUCGGUGAAGAUGCAAAAGGCGAAAGUUGGUGGUGCGAAAUCUGCGACGGGAAGAUGGAUACGGAGGUGAUGUACUACACUUGCGACAUUUGUUGCGUCACCGUCCAUCUCCGCUGCGUUCUGGGAGAGAAUCCACACAUGAAACCUGGUCGUUACUCCGACCUUUCGUUCCAGUUUGAGGUUGCGGCCAAUAACACUUGUUGCCGACCGUUAUGCCAUCUAUGUGGAAGGCGCUGCGCGUUCCCCGUUUCCUUCGAGACAAAGGGUUAUCGUUUUUGUGCUCGGUCUUGCCUCAGCAAUUUCAGAAGAUCGGAGCUGGAAAAAUUGAUUUUUAGGUCUGCAAAUAAAUGA